GCUCCGCUCUUCUCUCCUAGCCUUUUUCCACCGGCGUCCCCGCCCCUCCAACCUGUUCCUGCUGGGUCCCCGCUCCUCUGCCGCCUGAUUCCGGCUGGAACUCGAGCUCCUGGGACGGUCUUCCCGAUCUCCGAAUCUGCGCUCCUCGGGAUGAGUUCCCAGUUUGAGGUGAAACCAUGAAGAGCAAAUAGAGCAAAUAAGAAUGCUUUUCCGCAAUCGCUUCUUGCUGCUGCUGGCGCUGGCUGCACUGCUGGCCGUCCUGAGCCUCAGCCUGCAGUUCUUCCACCUGAUCCCUGUCUCAGCUGCUAAGAAUGGAGUGAGUAGCAAGAGUCGAAAGAGGAUCAUGCCCGACCCAGUGACGGAGCCCCCUGUGAUGGACCCCAUUUACGAGGCUCUCCUGUAUUGCAACAUUCCGAGUGUGGCUGAGCAUAGCAUGGAAGGUCACGCCCCACAUCAUUUUAAGCUGGUCUCAGUCCAUGUGUUUAUUCGACAUGGGGACAGGUAUCCACUGUAUGUCAUUCCCAAAACCAAGAGACCAGAAAUUGACUGCACUCUGGUGGCAAACAGGAAACCAUAUCAUCCUAAACUGGAAGCUUUCAUUAGUCACAUGUCAAAAGGAUCCGGAGCCGCUUUUGAAAGCCCUUUACACUCCCUGCCUCUGUACCCCAACCAUCCGCUGUGUGAGAUGGGGGAGCUUACACAGACAGGGAUCGUGCAGCAUCUGCAGAAUGGCCAGCUCCUGAGGGACAUUUACCUAAAGAAACACAAACUCCUGCCCCACGAUUGGUCUGCAGAGCAGCUUUACUUAGAGACCACCGGGAAAAGCCGGACGCUGCAAAGUGGGCUGGCCUUGCUUUAUGGCUUUCUCCCGGAUUUUGACUGGAAGAAGAUCUAUUUCAGGCACCAGCCCAGUGCUCUGUUCUGCUCUGGAAACUGCUACUGCCCAGUGAGAAACCAGUAUCUGGAAAAGGACCAGCGGCGCCAGUACCUCUUACGUUUGAGAAACAGCCAGCUGGAGAGGACCUAUGGGGACAUGGCCAAGAUCGUGGACGUCCCCACCAAGCAGCUCCGAGCCGCCAACCCCAUAGACUCCAUGCUCUGCCAUUUCUGCCACAACGUCAGCUUCCCCUGCACCAGAAAUGGCUGCAUCGACAUGGAGCACUUCAAGGUGAUAAAGACGCAUCAGAUAGAGGACGAGAGAGACAGGCAGGAGAAGAAACUGUACCUCGGGUAUGCGCUCCUGGGAGCCCACCCCAUCCUAAAUCAAACCAUCAGCCGGAUGCUGCAUGCCGCGGAGGGCAGGCGAGAGGAGCUGUUCGCCCUCUACUCUGCUCACGAUGUCACUCUGUCUCCAGUUCUCAGUGCCUUGGGUCUCACAGAAGCCAGGUUUCCAAGGUUUGCUGCCAGGUUGAUCUUUGAGCUCUGGCAAGACAGAGAAAAGCCCAGCGAAUAUUCUGUCCGAAUUCUUUAUAAUGGCGUUGAUGUUACAUUUCGCACCUCUUUUUGCCAGGACCACCACAAACAUUCUUCCAAGCCCAUGUGCCCACUGGAAAACUUAGUCCACUUUGUCAGAAGGGACAUGUUUGUGGCCCUGGGGAGUGGCAGUGCUAGUUACUUUGAUGCAUGUCACAGGGAAGGGUUCUGAAAGGCACACACACAGCGCUUAGAGAAUCCAUGCCCAGUGCUGUCUGUUUCUGGUUCUGUGUGUUGCUAAGGGUACAAGAUGACUGGUUUUUAAAGGCUAGAAAUCAUGAUUGGGAGCCAAGGAGAAGGUUUGGAUUGAACAGUAAGUAUGUUGCUAUAAUUAGGUACAUGAGUUGGUUGGUACAUAAUGGCCACUUCACAGAGAAAGGAAGGUACUUUGGUGUGGUCAGGCUUUUCUUACAAUGCUAGAAUAAUAUUUCUGCUCUCAAAGUUGCCAAUCCAAAUUCAAUCCACUUCUUUUGAACUGCUGCCGUUCUAUAUGCCGGGACCAGCAAGCCUCAGCCAAAAUGUUCAUAAUCUGGGGCAGUCAUACUAUAUCCUCCUUCAGUGCAAAAUUUCCUGAAUUGACUUAGCUAAAGCAAGAGUUGGCAAACUUUCUGUAAAGAGCCAGAUGGUAGAUAUUUUAGACUUUGCAGACCCAACAGUCACAUACAGUCUCUGUCACAACUAUUCAGCUCAGCUCUUUGAAAGUGAAAGCAGCCGGAGACAACCCAGCUAGCUGCCUUCCUGGGCCUCGGACACAAUGAGUGAACCCGGCCAGGCUCAGCCCCAGGGCUGUCCUUGACUGACCCCUGGUCUGAAAAAUAGGCUCUCCUACCGUUUGCACUUUCCUCACCUUGAGAACCGGGCGAAAACCAAGAAUUAUUCAGUGGUGCCUCCAGUAACUUCUGUAGAAACACAGGAUUUGGGCUCUGUAUUUGAAAUUAUAAGAAAUCUUAAGGGGAAAUAACCAUUGAAUCAGAAUGAAUCAUAAAAAUUCAUUAAAAUAAUACUUGAUGUUCAUGAUGAUUGUGGUAUAAGAUAGUUUUAAAUAUUUGAUGUAGUCUAUUUGCCGUAUAUGCUAAAAUUUUUGUAUUCUACUUAGUAUUUUUAUAGUCUAGGAGAGUAUUUUCUAAGACCAGUUUUAGAUGUGCUCUUUUUCCUAUGUAGUAUUCAGUUUACUGUACCUUUUUGGUGUUAGAAGGGAGCCAGAAGCUGAAUUCACGCACUUUCUUCCAAUUAAACGAAUUAUGGCUCCUACUCUUGACAAGCCGUAGAAUUAGAUCGAUUUUUAAACCAUUUUCAUCCAUUUCAAAUAGUAAAUUCGAAUUGAUUUUUAAAUCAGUUUUCGAAGAACUUUGUUACUAGAGCACUAAGUAAUCUUUCUAAGCUAUUUUAUAUAUUAGAAGCAAUUACAAUGAAAUAUGUGAUUUCUGAAUUAAUGGUGCUAGUUCUCUGUGCUGAAAUGUCAAGUGCAAGCGAUAUCUUCAGUGUUGUUGACCUUUUUCUGUUUUUCUUCAGUGAUACAUUUGAGUAUAUCUAUUUCUGUUAAUAAAUUUUUGAAGAA